UACUUCUGUUUCGACAAUUUUUUGUGCAUUAUGAAUUUACACGUGGCUGGACAAUUUAAAGUGUUGCAAUAUAGAAUUUCCAACAUAGCAGAUUUGGUAAUUAGAAAAGAAGAGAAAAAGGAGAAAUUAAUUACGGAAUCGUCGUAUUUUUCAAGUAAAUGUUACACCACUUUUAAAAAGUAUAUUCGCCAACAUCAAGCCCUUAUAGCGUAUUGCAGAAAACUUGAAGUGGUAUUCAAUUUGAUUGUCCUAGAGCAAGUUUUGAUGUUCAGCUUGCUAAUUUGCCUCGAUGGAUAUCAAAUACUUAUGGCAAAUGGAGAUAUCAAAACACGUUUAAUCUUCAGUUUGCACAUAUUAGCAUGUCUAUGCCAAUUACUGAUGUUCAGCUACAGCUGUGAUUGCAUUAUACGAGAAAGCGUGAGUGUAGCUACAGCAGCAUACGCAGGACCUUGGACGUUACUACCAAUGACUAUAAGCGGAAAGAUGAUGCGAAAAGAUUUGAUAGUAGUCAUUAUGAGAGCCAGCAUACCUUGUUGCUUGACAGGAAAAGGAUACUUCAUCGUGUCUCUCGAAACAUAUACCAGUGUAAUAUUUUAAUCGUCGGUUACAUCUGUAAUUUAAUAAAUUUUCAUGAAUAAAAUUUUAUUUUUCGUGUCAA